AUGUCGACUCAUAAACUCCAAUUCGAGGAGUUCCUCUUCGCGGGUCAACAGGACACGGCGCUAUUGGGGCUCCCAACAAGCGCUCCCUUCCCUCUGGCACUGAGACCUGAGGGCAAAUGGGAGCCGACGUUGGCGGAAGCCAUCGACACGAUCAAGAGGCUUGUCGAAUCAGAAGACUUUCUCGGGCGCGUGCGCGGACACGGCGGUGCCGUGUUGAUCCGGGGCUUGCCCAUCUCGACACCCGACGAUUACAGCGAUGUCGCCCAUGCGUUUGGAUUCGAGCCACACGAGGAGGUCGGUCGGCCUCCCCUGCGGACGGUGCUAGCCAAGAAUGUGAAGACGGCCAAUGAGGGUCCCCCGGAAAUGCCAAUUUGGCCGCACAAUGAAUAUGGCUGGUCGACGAUCAAUCCUGCGUGGUUGACCUUCUCUUGUCUGGACGUUCCAUCAGAGGGUGGAGGAACGCCCAUCAUCUCUAGUCUGGGGCUAGCUGCGGCCCUCAAGAAACAAGCGCCGGAGUUUGUCGACAAACUACUCCAAAAGGGAGUCAAGUAUGUCUAUCGAUACGGCGCAACUGAGGUCAAGUCAAAUACUGGGACGAGCGUCUUCAAUGCCUAUGGACAGAACGUGAGCCCUGGUGAUGACCAAGCCACAAUCCGGCGGAAGAUUGAGCAAGAGGUCAGGCGGCACAGCCAUCGGUAUCAAUGGCACGACGAUGGAUCGCUGAGUGUCACGCAUAUUGUUCCGCUGAUUCGCCGACAUGAAGAGACGGGUCUGACGACUUGGUUCGGCAACCUGACGAGUGCGUGGGGCCGGACCCGGCACCACGGAGCAACAGAGCCGCCGCAUCUCGGGGACGACGGCUCGUACCACCCGCCGCCCGAAUACGGAGACGGCUCACCAAUCGAGAAGAAGUAUCUCGAUCUUGCUCUGCUGCUCGCGGAGCAGGCGCAGGUAGUUGUCGACUGGGAGCAAGGCGACAUUGUCCUGCUGGAUAAUUACGCCGUCAUGCAUUCGCGCUGCCCCUGGAAGGGCAAGAGGACUGUUCUUGCCGCAUUGUGGGACAAUAACAAUCAUUUGAGGAUUGGCGACUACCCGACCAGGGAGAAGCUCUAG